AUGGCGAUUGUUUUCGGUACUCGUCUUGCAGGUCCAGGCCGGUCCUCGCGCUACAACCCCGGUGAAGCGCCUCCGGAGUCGACUUGGAGAACAGUCAAUGGGGUUCCCAUCCCUCCUCAACCCGAAGAACCAGACAACUGCUGCAUGAGCGGCUGUGUACACUGCGUCUGGGAUGAUUUCCGAGAUGAGAUGGAGGAUUGGGCAUCUAGGGUCGCAACGGCCAAGGCCAAAGGCGGUCCUGAGAAAGGGACAGAAGACAUGCGCGCAGCGCCCAGAGCUGAAGUCCGUUCAGCCAGUGGAAGUAUGGACGAUGAUGGAGGUGGCAGUGAAACGAAUUGGUCUAUGCCGAAACAAGAUGAUGAUCUGUUUUCCAACAUCCCGGUUGGCAUCCGCGAGUUCAUGAAGACGGAGAAAAAGUUGCGGAUGAAGCAUCAGAAGGAGGCCACAGCAUGA